GGACGGUGAGAGUGCGUGCGUGCGUGCGUGCGCGCGCGCGUUCCUGUAAAGACGUAGAGUCGCAAGCUAGCGCGAGGACGCGCUCUUUGAAAAGGAGGGAUGAGUGUAACGACCGGUGGGGUUUAAUUAAUAAGGGCGAGAAGGUCGAGGGUUCGAGACCUGCUUCACUACAAUACGAACGUGAGGAGGAUGUAUAAGCCCCAGAAUGGUGAGCCAGGCAGCCCAGCAGGAGCCCCAGCAGCAGAUGAUCCAGAGGUGAUAUUCCAGGUGCCUGGUCCAACCGUCUCCUUCUCCAGACUACACUACUCUGUCAUGGAGAGCAAUGGACUCUGCCGCAAGAGAGGACCUGAGAAACACAUCCUCAAAGACGUCAGCGGCAUCAUGAGACCAGGGAUGAACGCCAUCAUGGGGCCAACAGGAAGUGGAAAAACAUCUCUCCUGGAUGUGAUAGCAGGUCGUAAGGACCCAGCAGGGUUGAAGUUUGGUCAGGUUCUGAUCGAUGGGAAGAUGGUGACCUCUGACCUCCGACUCAUAUCUGCCUACGUGGUGCAGGAUGAUAUAUUGAUGGGAACCCUGUCAGUGAGAGAGAACUUGUUGUUCAGUGUGAACCUGAGACUAGACCCUCGACAUUAUUCUACAGCUGACAAACAGCAGAGAGUGGACAGCAUCAUAGAGGACCUGGGUCUACAGGACUGUGCCCACACCAAGAUAGGAACAGAGUUCCUGCGUGGUGUGUCUGGGGGAGAGAGGAAGAGGUGCAGCAUUGGUAUGGAGCUCAUUACUUCUCCUCGUCUUCUGUUCCUGGAUGAACCCACCACUGGUCUGGACUCUAAUACUGCUAACCACAUCAUCAACCUACUGCAUAGGCUGUCUAGAAGCGGUAAGACUAUCGUGUUCUCCAUCCAUCAGCCUCGUUACUCAAUCUUCAGCCGGUUUGACCACCUGACCCUGAUGCACCGAGGAGAGUUGGUGUACGCUGGAGCUGCUGGGAAGGCCCUGAGCUACUUCACUGACUUGGGUAAGACAUGGAGGGAGGGAGAGAGAGAGAGAGAGAGGAAGGGGGGAGGGAGGGAGGAGAGUUGGUGUACGCUGGAGCUGCUGGGAAGGCCCUGA